AUGACUCGAAACGUCUUUACUAAGCAGGAGCCAAAAUCAGCAUUCCCUAAAUCCAAUUUGAACCUCCCUUGUCACGGGGCUUGGACAUCAAAAAUUUGGAUCGGCUACGAAAUAUCUUUCGUAAGAAUCAUUGUCACCGCCUCAAUGUCCAAAACCAUAUACAAGGACCUAGUCAACACUAUCCACAUAAGAGACCAAUAUUAUAUUAUUAUAGUCAAUCCUACUAUAUUUUACAAGGACUCUAACCCAGCACUCAAAACCAGCCUCGAAUAUAGUAUAUUUAUAAAGGAGAAUAAUAGUAAAAACAACCGGGAUAUUAAUACAUUAUGGAUCAAUAUAAACAAGCCCAUAAACUUCUUUAACCGUUCUUACCUAGGUAAUAACACCACCCCCGAGAAAUUCGCCAAGAUACUCCCAUCCCUGGAUUCCCAGAUAGCCUUCAACCCAACUUCACUUCCGGCAAGUCGGAGGGAAAGCACUUAUCUAUUAUUAUCAAGCGUAACAACUCUAAGCCCUGAUCCUAUCACAAUCUCAGCUGGGAAGACUAGUUCUGGCUAUAGACCUAAUAAGUACAAGGGACUACCAGAUCGUAAGCUAAUCAGACCACUAUUUAUAAUUCAAAACAGUACAGGUCCCACACUCACUGAUAGCACUACCAACACCAACAUCAUAUAA